UUGUUCUUAGCUCUGCUGCUGCUGCUGCUGCUGCUGCUGCUGCUGCUGCUGCUGCUCUCUCUCUCUCUCUCUCCUUCUUAAAUUUCCCCAAAUAAAUUCUUCUGAAAGGUUAUUAGAUUUCACUCUCCCCGAAUACGAAUUCCAUCCAAGUAUACAAAUUUCCCUCAUAAGGAAAAAUUAAAAAGCCGAUCUUGGCUUUUUCCUUUUUCUUCUUCUGCAUCUCGAUACUUAGGACGUAUUUGUGAGGCUGAUUCAUUCUCAUCUGCGAAGUCUUUUGGCCUGAAAGCAAUAUGGAAGGAAUUCAGCAUCCUAUACCUCGCACUGUCGAAGAGGUCUUUAGCGACUUUCGUGGUCGUAGAGCUGGUCUCAUCAAGGCUCUUUCUACUGAUGUUCAGAAGUUUUACCAUCAGUGUGACCCUGAGAAGGAAAAUUUAUGUCUUUAUGGACUUCCAAAUGAGACAUGGGAGGUUAAUCUUCCCGUCGAGGAGGUUCCACCCGAGCUUCCUGAACCAGCUUUAGGCAUCAAUUUCGCAAGGGACGGAAUGCUAGAAAAAGAUUGGAUCUCUUUGGUUGCAGUUCACAGUGAUUCGUGGCUUAUCUCUGUUGCUUUCUACUUUGGUGCACGUUUUGGAUUUGGUAAGAAUGAGAGGAAGAGGCUCUUCCAGAUGAUAAAUGAUCUACCAACCAUUUUUGAGGUUGUGACUGGCAAUGCAAAGCAAUCUAAGGAUCAAUCUGCUAACCACAACAGUAGCAAAAGCAAAUCUAGCGGUGGCAAGCCUCGUCAUUCGGAAUCUCACACUAAGGCUUCAAAGAUGUCCCCACCACCAAGAGAAGAAGAUGAGAGUGGAGAUGAGGAGGAAGAUGACGAACAAGGUGCGGUUUGUGGUGCGUGUGGAGACAACUAUGGAGGAGAUGAGUUCUGGAUAUGUUGCGAUGCUUGUGAGAAAUGGUUCCAUGGAAAAUGCGUGAAGAUCACACCAGCAAAGGCUGAGAACAUCAAACAUUACAAAUGCCCGAGUUGCAGUACCAGCAAGAAAAUGAAAGCUUGAAGGUGAUAAUAACAUUAGAUACUGUGAAAGAGGUGAACGUUUUCACAGUUGAAGAAAAGACAGAACAAGAGUUUAGUUGUGGGAAGAAGAAGAAACAAAAGGCUUCUGAUUGCGUAGUUUUAAUGGGAUUGAGACAGCUUACAGUUAGUAAUGUCUCUUUCUCUUUUUUUUUUUUUUUUUUUGCUGUUAAUGUUUAAAUGUUAUGACUAAUUUGUCUUAUGUUUCUGAGAAAAGUCUGUCUUGAAGCACUCUCUAGUCUAUGUCAAGGAGGUUCUUCUUUCUGGUUA